AUAAUGAAAAAAAGCAAAUUACCUCUUUUAUUUUGUUUUUGGAUUUUAAUUUAAUAUGUUUUGUUUGCCUAAGCUUAUUUUUCGUAAAUAAAAGAUUUAUCUCCAAAUCCAUCGAAAAAACUGAGAUAAUGGGUAGGUGAUGGUGAAAGAAUUUAGUAUUAUACUGAAAUAUGUCAAAGAAUAUACAACUAAUUUGUCGAGUCUGUUUGAGGAAAUGUAAAAGCAGACAUGUUUCACUAUUAGAAGUUUUUCAAGUGGACGUGGAACAGGAAACUGUUUCAUAUGCCGAGGCCUACAAGAAUUGUACGCAGCUGGAAGUUGAAAUUGGCGUGGAUGGCUUACCCGAGUGGCUGUGUAAUAGCUGCAGUCGUGAGUUUACCAAGCGACCUUCAAUAUGCCUAUGAUUUUUAUAUCAAAGCAAAGAAAAGCGUUGAAUCACUCCUUAUUCAGAUAACAGCACAAAGGGAAGAAAAUGCACGACGGGUGCCAUCACCAUCCGAAUUUGAGUUACCCGAUAACAAUGAAAUGUUGGGUUAUACUCUUGCAGAUGCCGUUAUAAUUGAUGCAUGUAGUACGCAAAUCAUAAACUGUAACAAAGAUCCGCUGGAGGAGUCAGACAGUGACAAUGUUAGUACAGACGUUGGUAAUCUUAAAAAUAUUGUGUUUUCGCAUACAAAAGCAAUAUAUAAUUUUAUAAUCCAUAAGGAAGUAAAAGCUGAAAUCGAACCAACUAAAAAUAAAGCGGAAUCGCCCACCUUAUCUCAUACCUUCUCUGACUUCAUUUAUGACAGCGAAGACGAAAAACCUCUAAAAUUACUUUUGACUGCUAAAGGUUGCAACCAAACUGAAGUUGUGAACUUUUUUGAACAUGAUCAGCGUUCAUUGGAUGACGAUGACGAGUUCAUUACUGAAGAAAAUACAACUAAAGAAAACGUUACUGAUUCAAUGUUUUCGCCAGAAGCACAAAUUUUUCCCAAAGGACGAAUCAAAUGUGCCAUUUGUGAACAACGGUAUUUUACUGCAGCUGGUCUGAAAGCUCACAUGGAAGUUCAUUUAGCGAAAAGUAGCAUAACAAAGAAGAAACGUGGACGAAAUAAACUACGUAAAGCACCAAAAACAGUUAUUAAUGAAGACUGUGAAGACUCGAUUUUGAAACCAACUAACGAUGGUGAAACACCUGCAGCCGAAGAAGCAAAAGAAGAACAACAAUCACAUGAAAAACCGCGUAAAUGGAAAGAACCCAAACCAAAACGUAUGUUUCCGUGCCAUGUAUGCGGUAAACAUAUGAUAUCGGCUUCCAAGUUGCGCUACCACAUGGUAAUGCACACUGGUGAAAAGGACUACCUCUGUACAAUGUGUCCAAAAGCAUACUCCACAAUUUAUGCGCUCAAACAUCAUAUACGUACACAUACUGGCGAAAGGCCAUAUGAGUGUAAGUUUUGCGGUGAUCGUUUUCUGCGACCAACUACGCUGAAAAGCCACCAGCGUCGCCACACAGGCGAACGUCCAUAUGGUUGUGAUAUAUGCGGUAAACGCUUCAUACAGCACUCGUCGAUGACAACGCACAUGAAGCUUAAUCAUAUGGACAAAACUAUACAAUGCUCGCACUGUGAUAAAAAAUACGCACGUCAAACCGAUUUGAAUACGCAUUUACUUAGUCAUACGGGCGAUAAACCAUAUUCCUGUCAGUUGUGUCCCAGCCGCUUUGUGCGUCAAGCAAAUCUCAAUAAGCACAUGAACCAACAGCAUGCUGAAAAGGCUAAUGCAUCUAAGUUGACGCAGCUAAUUGAUGACACAAAAUCGGAAGCAUUGGAAAGUGUUGAUAUUUCAGAAAAAUCGAAGGAUUACACUGUUGAUAAAUUAACAGAUAAAAGUAUGCUAAUUGAAGAAGUUGCAAGUGAUUUUGGGGAUAAGUGUUACAAUUUCAACAACGCUUCUAAUGCUGAAAAUUCAUCGAAAGUCCAGCCAAUGCAGGCAACAGCAGAAAAGGAUUUUGCCCAACUUGAUAAUGAUGAUUUAGUGCCUUGGAGUUGAGUUACUAAUGCAUAAAAAAGGACUUAAAUAUUUACAUAUAUAUAAUGUAUUAUUUAGUUCUCAAAAAAUCUACAUAUGUACAACAGUUCCUUAAUAAAGCAAACAGUAUUGCAAUUAAAAAAUUUUCA